UCCUGCAGGAGACCUGAGUCAGCUCCUGGGCCUGCUCUCCAGCCACCCUGAGGAGAGAGAGAACCACCCUGCUGAUGACUCCAAGGGAGGGGCCCUGGACAUGUGCUGCAGUGAGAGGCUGCCGGGUCUCCCCCAGCCGGUAGUGAUGGAGGCACUGGAUGAGGCUGAAGGGCAGGCGGACUCUCAGAGAGAGAUGCCACUGCCCCCAUCUCCUUCACCGCCCUCAGAGCCAGCUCAGAAGCCACCACCUCAAGGCGCCAGGAGCCACUCCCUCCCUGUCAGGAGCAGCCUGUGCCUCUUGGCUGCCUCUCAGUUUCUGCUUGCCUUCGGGGUGCUCUGGUUCAGCGGCUAUGGCCCCAGCUGGUCGCAGAAUGCCACAGACCUCGUCUCCUCCUUGCUUACACUCCCCAGACAGCUGGGACCCAUGGCCUGGCUGGGCGUGGGAUCCUGGGAAGUCUCCCAGCUGCUGCUGGUCUCUCUGACAGUAGUCCUCGUUACCAGCUUGGUGUGGCACCUCCUGCGGGCUUCCCCGGAGCCACCCACUCCGCUGCCCCCUGAGGACAGGCGCCAGUCGGUGAGCCGCCAGCCCUCCUUCACCUACUCAGAAUGGAUGGAGGAGAAGGUCGAGGAUGACUUCCUGGACCUGGACCCCGUCCCUGAGACUCCUGUGUUUGACUGCGUGAUGGACAUCAAGCCUGAGGCCGACCCCACCUCCCUGACCGUCAAAGCCAUGGGUCUGCAAGAGAGGAGGGGCUCCAAUGUCUCCCUGACCUUGGACAUGUGCACCCCUGGCUGCACCGAGGAGGGCUUCGGCUAUCUCAUGUCCCCGCGGGAAGAGUCGGCCCGCGAGUACCUGCUCAGCGCCUCCCGCGUCCUCCAGGCUGAGGAGCUUCACGAGAAGGCCCUGGACCCCUUCCUGCUGCAGGCAGAAUUCUUCGAAAUCCCCAUGAACUUUGUGGAUCCAAAAGAAUAUGACAUCCCUGGGCUGGUGCGGAAGAACCGAUACAAAACCAUCCUUCCCAACCCUCACAGCAGAGUGUGUCUGACAUCACCAGACCCUGACGACCCUCUGAGCUCCUACAUCAAUGCCAACUACAUCCGGGGCUAUGGUGGGGAAGAGAAGGUGUACAUCGCCACUCAGGGACCCAUCGUCAGCACAGUCGGCGACUUCUGGCGCAUGGUGUGGCAGGAGCGCACGCCCAUCAUUGUCAUGAUCACCAACAUCGAGGAGAUGAACGAGAAAUGCACCGAGUACUGGCCGGAGGAGCACGUGGUGUACGAUGACGUGGAGAUCACUGUGCAGAAAGUCAUCCACACUGAGGAUUACCGGCUGCGACUCAUCUCCCUCAGGAGCGGGACCGAAGAGCGAGGCCUGAAGCAUUACUGGUUCACAUCCUGGCCGGAUCAGAAGACCCCAGACCGGGCCCCCCCACUCCUGCAUCUGGUGCGGGAGGUGGAGGAGGCAGCGCAGCAGGAGGGGCCCCGCUGUGCCCCCAUCAUCGUCCACUGCAGUGCAGGGAUCGGGAGGACAGGCUGCUUCAUUGCCACCAGCAUCUGCUGCCAGCAGCUGCAGCAUGAGGGCAUCGUGGACAUCCUGAAGACAACGUGCCAGCUCCGCCAGGACAGGGGUGGCAUGAUCCAGACCUGCGAGCAGUAUCAGUUUGUGCACCAUGUUAUGAGCCUCUACGAGAAGCAGCUGUCCCGCCAGUCCCCGGAGUGACCGUGGUCCCACCACCAGGUCCUCUGGGGAACCCCCCAGCUGGGCCACCACACCCAGGAGUUGGGGCCACCAUUCCUGGCCCUGGCUCCAUCCCGGCCUGCACCCUGUCCCCACCCCACCUGCUUCCUUCUCUUCAGCCGGCUCCCUCCCUCCUCUGUCAGCCUAGGCCUGGCCUCUUCCCCCGCCCCCCAACAUAGCUCUUCCUACUGUAUAUAUUAGGGAGUGGGGCAGGGUGGGGGGAGGAUGGGCCAGGCCAGGCCUGGGGCCCCGGGGCCUGACCCACAUCACGCAGUCCUGAGGCCUCAGUUUUUAAUGAUGGUUCCGUUGCUACUUGAUCCAAACAUUUCUGUGCCGCACCCCAAGUGUCCUGCUGCAGCGUGUUCUGUCUGUCUGUCCACCCAUCUCUGCUGUCUGUACCGGACACUGUGUCUCCUCAGCCCAGGAAAGGGGUAAUGAACUCCAGCCCCUAAGUCCUCCAGGCAGAGGUGCUGGCCUCGGCCCUCACCCUGCUUCUCCCAGCAGGCAGAUGCAUUUCCCCCCAGUUAUCCAAGCCAGGGUGGGAGAUGGGCCUGAGCACCCAGGGUCAAGCAUGGGGAGCUCCUGAAGGGUUGGCAGAGAGAACUCAGCUGGGGGAGUGUUUCUGGGUGGGGGGUGGGAGAAGCAUGACUGGAGCAUCACAGCUGGGGUGGCCUGUGGGUACAGAGGCCCUCAGGAGGCAGGGGCCAGCCUGGGAGGCACUGGGGAGGAAGGGGGUAGAUGGGGCGAUGAAGCCAGAGGACCUGGGCCCUUGUGGGAGCGGGAGAGAGGGCCUCUGGGAGGGGUAGGGACUCGGCCCAGAUCUGUGUGAAACAUUUAUCCGUCACCGUGGGAAAAAAGUCCCGAAGUCCUGCUGCGUGUAGCUCUGCGUGUUCCUGUGUCCAUGCGUGUGUUGAAAGCCCACGAGCAGGGCGUGCAUGACUCUGGCAACAUGUGUAAUUUUGGAGCCACGUGUUUUUAUUGCUGACUUUAAAUAUUUACUCCACGGCAGACAGACAUUGGGUGUCUUUUUAUAAUUUGCUCGUGGUCAUUGAAUAGAGCAAUAAACAGAGCAUUUUGAGCAAAACUAAGCCUCCUGAGUCUGUGUGAUU